AUGAUUCAUGAUGAAAAAUAUUUAACAUACCUUCCACAUAGUGGUUUUCACAAUCAAAGAAUUGAGUUAGAAAAUGGCAUAUUUUUGGCAUGGUUCUUAAACAGAACUUUGAUAAUUCCGCCUCUUUUAAUGUAUAAAGGACCUUCGUUAAUCCCCAAAAAUCCGUUUGAUGAACUAUAUAUGGAUUUAUUGAACCAUACAUCCUUUAAUAAUAAUAAUGAGGCAGAACCGUAUAUUGGGUAUAGUUGGGAAGAGCUAAUGAACUUUACAUUUGUGAAACAAAAUAUAAAAUAUAUUUAUCGACAUAAUUUUAAUUUCACAAACUUGAAAGAAUCACUUAAUAUUGAUUAUGAUAAUGAAGUAUAUAAUAUAACUAAUUAUAGGCAACAAUAUUUUGAUUACCUCAAUUCAACAAAAGAUCUUGUAGAACCUGUAAAUCUGGACUACCUUAACAAGAUAUCAGAAAAAUUAUUACAUUUCGGAAGUUUGUUUUCAUCGUCAAAGAUUAUUACACAGUUACCCGAAAAUCGAAAUUUUCGAAAUAAGCUGAAGCAUAUGAUGUUGCCGAAUAACCCAACGAUACUUAAUAUUGUGGAUAAAAUUGUUGAUAAAAUUGGUGGGACGAAUAGCUAUAUUGGUGUACAUGCAAGAAUAGGUGACUUACGAUUUUUAUGGAGUGAAAAUGAAACAGUAAAAAAUCUCAUCGAAACACUUCAAAAUGAUUAUAACCAUACGGAUUUAAAAAAUGUUAGUACCUGUUUACCAACAAAAAUAUAUCUGGCAACAGAUGGAGGGCAUAAUACUGCUUCCCUUCAACCAUUUUUUGAAACAUUUCCAUGUGUUUAUGUACGAGAUGAUUUUGAUGAUUUAUUAGAACCUUUAAGAUCUUUAAGAAAUCCUAAUGAUGAUACGAUUAUGUAUGAAUUUCUAAAACCCUUUGUAGAUUUGCUAGUAGUGUCAAGAGGUAAUAAGUUUUAUCCAACAUACACAAGUACUUUUUCAAGAUAUGCAAAAUUUUUAAAUAUAAUAUGGUUAAAAAAUAAAUUAAGUAAUGCAUAA